UUGGAACUUCCUACGAGGCGGCACUAGAACUUACUUGUAGGUUGAGAUGAGUAUAUCCCUUUUUAAGCUUUGCGGUUGAGUUAGUGAAUUUGUGUUGUAAUUGGUGUUUCAUGCUCUGAGAUAAAUAGAAACUUGUGAGAUGUCCGAGCGGAUAAUUCUCAACUUCUAGACAAAGCGUACUUAUUGUUUCAAUUGGUUACUGGUAUUAUGAUUCAAGGUCGUGAGAUAUCCGCUUUACCAAAGUACUUCAGUCUGCAGUGUAGAAUCUUCUUAGAGGUGGAUAUUUCAGGGUCAGUGGGCUUUGAGGUAAUACAGUUCAAUGCGCGCGUUUGCGGGAGAAGAUCAUUUGAUGAUUGCAGUCAGCACAUCCUAUCAUUGGUCGUGAUGCUGAAUUCCAAUAAUAAAUAUGCUCAGUCAGGUUACUCAGCGGUUGAAUUGUCCUACGCAUCGCGGGGAACGCAAGCAGGCCUUUCUCCACUGUAGCCAGGACGUCGUCAACAAUUAUCAUUGGUCAUAUAGCCCUGUGUCUUCAAUGUAAUGCCGUAGAUCCUUGUUUGGUAGGGAGUUGAGAACCGGCAUGAUCUGUGCGAUGGAUUGAUAUCCCGUUUCAAACAUGAUACUGAGUUUAUGCAUCUUUUCCACUUUGGCUGCAAUGGAAACCAUUCGGCCUUCAGACUUUGUCUACUUAAUUCUUUUGUAAUUAUAAUAUCAGUCUGUGACUCUUUUGUAUUUCAUCUCCUUUCAACUUUUCUCCACCUGUCUCCUUUUUCAAUUUGUAUACAUCCUCUUCGAAUUCACUCAUUUACGCGCGCCCAAGUUGCAGCUGCGUUUUCCCACGACUAUUAAGAUCAUCCAUUUCACGACAACAAGAUUUCCCAAAUAACAAUACUUUAAUUUCAAAAUGGCGAUUGGAUUACUUCUUCCUAUUCGAAUUGCUCAAGCAGUUUUUGCUAUCGUCGUACUUGGCUUGUCCGGAUAUGUUUCCCACUGGUACAAUGCCGAUACUUUGACCGCAAGUCCUUCGCAAAUCAACUUCUUGGUUUUCGUACCUGUCUUUACUUUGAUUUCCAUUGUCUAUCUUGAAGUUGCACCCCGCUUCAUGUCGAAAGCAUCUCACCCAUACGCACAUCUCACAUUUGAGCUUCUCAACGUUCUUUUCUACUUCGCAGGCUUCAUUGCCCUCUCCGUCUUCAUCAGCAACCUUCUUUUCUGUCGUGGUUCUGUCUGUGGAGCAGCUCGUGCCGAUGCAGUCUUUGGUGCUUUCAGUUGGUUACUUUGGAUGGGAAGCAGUGCUAUUCUUGCAUUGGAGAUGUUUAAGGGAGGACGAGGAAAGACUUAUCCUCAACCAAACAUGGCUAUGAAGGAGACUGGUAACCCAGUUUAAGUUGCUGGGUUGAGCGGAGAGAAUGCAAAAGACAACCGGGGAGCAUGUCCAUACUAUAUGGGCACUGUUAGUUGAUGAGAAGUCUUGAUGGCCAUGUCUCUUUUGAAAAGACGUAUUGUGGUUAUGGAAACAAAGGUUGAUGACAAGGAAAAGAUUGAUGACUCGAAUGUUCAUGGAGUUGGGGGUCAAAACACACACAGCAGCAAGACUGACUGAUGUCUAUUCUAGAAAUAAGUAAUAUUGAAAUCUUUGAUAAUUGUUUCGCGUGUAUCUACCUUUCUAAUUGAUGAA